AUGGCACCUCGAAUCCCUCUAUUGUUUGGAACAGCGACGUUCGGUGCGGAUGGGAAGAAUGGUGUGCGGAUCGCGGAACAGCGGGAGUGCCAGGGCGUGCUUGAUGUGUUCUUCGGUGCUGGACAUCGGGAGCUGGAUACGUCGCGGACGUAUGGCGAGGGAACGACGGAAGAGAUGCUGGGGAAGCUCGACUUGAGGGAUGCAGUGGUUGACACCAAGGUGUACCCAAACACGCCUGGCGAUCAUUCUCCUGCCAACCUGCGCGGAUUGUUCCUCCAGUCACUGAAAGCACUGGGACGCGAGCGCGUACGGACGUUUUACUUGCAUGCUCCGGAUAGGAGUGUCCCGUUUGAGGAGACCGUGGCCGAGGUGAAUAGACUACAUAGCGAAGGGCGAUUCGAGAUCUUCGGCCUGAGCAACUUCGCUUCAUGGGAGGUUGCCGAAAUCAUCAUGACUUGCCGGGCCAACAACUGGGUACAACCGCGCGUGUAUCAGGUAAUGUACAACGCUAUCACGCGCGAGAUGGAGGACGAGUUGGCGCCUUGUUGUCGGAAAUUUGGUCUACGGAUCGUCACGUACAACCCUCUUGCAGGCGGUUUGUUCGCCGGCAAAGUCUCUCUGAGCGGGGCAGCCCCUGACGGAGGGCGCUUCGAUCCCUCCUCGCCAAUGGGACAGCUAUACCGAUCACGGUACGUCCAGGAAGGGUACCUCCGCGCACUGGAGCUCCUCAAACCCGUUGCGGAUGCUCACAACCUCCGUCUGACUGAAAUAGCCCUCCGUUGGUUGCAGCACCACUCCGAUCUAAGCCCGGAGGACGGCGUGAUCCUGGGUGCGAGUAGCGCGGCUCAGCUAGCGGAGAACUGCGCAGAUUGCGAGCGGGGACCGCUGCCUGAGGCGGUUGUGCAGGCCUUGGACGAAGCACAAAGAACGGUGAAGGUGUACGGACAUGCACCGAGGUACUGGCGGUGA